CAUCUCGAGCGGGAGAUCCCGCUCGUCGGCUUGUCAAGAAGCGCGCGCGCAAUUUUUAAGUUUUUCCCGCAACUCCUAGGACUUGAUGCCAGGACGUGGCAAAAAGGAGUCAUUGUUCUUUUUGCCGAGGAUUGACGAUUAAGGUAAGCUACUCGCUAUUGUGUUUAAAAAGUACACCUUCUCGUUGAAACUUCAACAAAAAGAAAAUCUUUACGUAAUCCCUACGUAAAUGCGCGACAUUUAUUUUAUACAGAUUACUCUCUAGUUAUGCAUUAUUCUUGUUUAUUGAAAUUGCAACGCAAGUAAAAAUUCAUGUAUUAGAGAUGCAAAUUUACUUUUUAGAUUAAUUACAAUGGAAAUAACAUUUAUUGCGAUUUUUUAAUACUGCAAUUUCGAUAAACGGUAAACAUACACUUUUUAUCUAUCUUUUUCAUCUAUCGCGAUUAAACACUUCGUUUCUUCGUUCAAAGACGCGUGUCGGUUGUGACGAAAAUAAUAAUAAAAACAAACAGAAAAACGCAAAUGAAGUCUGAGACUCGCGUCUUGAAAAAAUACAACAUGGCUGGUGAAAACAAAGCAUCGCAAAAUUAUUGUCCAAAAUUUCUUAGAAUUAAAGGCUAUUAUGUGAUUAAUUCUUAACUAUUAAAAAAUUAAGUUUGUUUUAUUUUUGCUAAGAGGAUUAUUUUAUCUUGAUAUUUUCUUUUUUAUAGAGAUCUAUUUACAUGUAUCAUUUUUUUAUAUACACUUAUAACAUAUCACUGCUGUAUAAAUCAAUACAUAUACACAUAAUGCACACGCGUGAAGCAAUUAUGUAUACAGAAAGAUGAAGCAAUACAUUCAUUUAAAAAAUUCAGAAAAAUUUAUUUGAAAUUUAUAUCUCCAAUUCUAAAUUAUAUAUAAUCCAUUUUUUUAAUGCCAUUUCUUUUUCGUCGGACCUCGUAUGUCGCAGAGACGAACCGUCGUGUUUCAUUUUAAUACUGAUGAAGAAGUUGAUUUAGUAACCGUUAAAAGAACACUUGAAAGUGUUAAAGAAAAAAGUACGUAGGCGUCCCCCCCCCGUGGAGGCGUUUUCGUCACAACUCGAUACGCCGUGAGAAGAAAGGAAAAGAUAUGACACUUCGAUCAGACGCCUCUCGCAUCCUGCCGGUCGUGAAGCUGAAGAGUCAGGCCGGAUUUCGUUAAACAAGUCGAUCGCCGUCGAGAGCGCGAUCGCGAUCGUGGAUUGAUCGAUCUUUCUUGUCGAGGUCUCUCCUUACCGGAGAGUUACCCUCUCGUAAAAAAAAAAAAAAACGACGCUUGCUCCGCUGCAACGUCGCCGUGGUGCGAACAAAUCGUCGCUUCUUCGCAGUCAGUUUUCAUUCAAGGUGUCUGUGAACAAUGCCGGAUGACGCUAAGGCACUUGUUGCCUUACUGACGAUCACAACGUGAGCGGUCAGUCGUGAUCCGCGGAUCAUCGGGGAGAUAAUGAUUACAGAACAGACCUGGAGCAUGAUGCUGGACAGCGAUGUCACGAGCAUCAACGAAUCGAGCAUUUCGCCGAGGAAACAAUUAUGGAUCAAGGCGGUGAAGAAACUGACCUCCGAGAGACUGGGCCGAGAGGGACUGGCGGCAUGGGAGGACCGGAAGUCCAACACGGAUCCCGAGAUAGCCGCCGAAGAGAAGAACGCCGGCCAGGCGCCCGACGAGAAUGUCGAGGCCGCGACAACGGAACCGGAAACCGCCGUCGAAGCGGAGCAACCCGUGGCCGAUGAGGAAGCUCAGACUCAACACGAUGUCUUCAAGAAGGGGACGCUAUACAAGGGAAUAUUCCUGCCCUCGCUAACUAACAGUUUUCACAAUAAGCAGCUGGAGACGUCCUACCUUCUCUACUCGAAUCGGCAGAGACAGAAGUCCCUGAUAAUGUUGAACAUCGUAGAUCUCAGUCUGAAGAUCACAUUAACGGCGAUCUGGCUCUGGCAACGGGAUCCGAAUGGCGGAGGACUCAUCGAGGGUUUGUCGUGGGCCGCGUGUUGCAUGACAGCGAAUCUGGUGAUCUGCGUGCUCGGCUGGUGGCGUUGCUUUUCUAACAGUUACCUGUACUGGGCCUCGAUAUUCACUUGGUUAUUAAUAAACUCUCAAGGUUUCAUAGGUGCCGGUCUGAAUUUCACCACGCAGCAGAGGUUCAUGUGGUACAUACUCUUUGUCGUGUACGCGCCUUAUGCGAUGCUGCCUCUGCCGCUGCGAUGGUGCGUCCUCGCCGGCUACGGAACGGCGCUAACACACAUGGUGAUGGCCGGCAUAAGUCUCCUGCAAAACUCCACAUAUCUGCGAGAUGCCGCAUGCAUUGUCCGCAUGCUGACGACGAACGUACUGCUGUACCUGGCCGUGAACCUGGCCGGCAUGUAUACCAAGUACUUGACGGACCGGGGACAACGGCAGGCCUUCCUGGAGACCCAUCGUUCCACAGAAACGCGACAGCGCACGCAGAACGAGAACAACCGACAAGAAAAGCUGCUGCUUUCAGUGUUGCCCGACUUUGUCGCCAAGGAAAUGAUCCGCGACAUUGCCCGCGAGACAGCACGUGGUGGGACGAUAUCAUUCACGCCGAAUCAGUUCCACCGGAUAUACAUCCACCGUUAUGAGAACGUCAGCAUCCUAUUUGCCGACAUCAAGGGAUUCACGGGUAUGCUGCACUCGUGAGCUUAGAGUGUAAAAGGAAGAAUUUCACUUAAUUUGAUAUAUUAAUUAAUUUUUUAAUUUAUGGAUUAAAUUUUAUUAAAUUUGAUAUACAAGGUGUUUCCUAAG